AUGGCCUACCGUCUCAUAACCCAAGUCGUCAUAGUUGGCACCCGCGUGGUCGGCCGCGCCUUUGCCGAAGCCUACAAGCAAGCAUCGGCCUCGAGCCAGUACCAGCGCGCGCAAGCCAAGUCAGGCAACGGCGGCGUAUCGGGGCGGGCCAGCCUUAGCAGUGGCAUGACUCUCGAAGAGGCUUGCAAGAUUCUCAACGUAAAGCAGCCCCAGGGCGGCAAGGCCGACUUGGAGGAGGUCAUGGAGCGCUUCAAGCGUCUGUUCGACAACAACGAUCCCAAGAAGGGCGGUUCCUUCUACUUGCAGAGCAAGAUUCUGCGUGCGCGAGAGCGGAUUGAGGCCGAGGUGAAGCCCGCAAUAGAGAAGGCCGCACAAGAAGCAGAAACGAAGGAGGGGUGGAACCCCAAGAUCUACAAAGACAGGUAG